UCUAUAUACAAUUCUCUUAUUUCACUUUCUCCUUAUAUAAUACAACAAGCCACCAUUAAGCAUCUUCAAAUCAAUCUUGAAGAAGAAAAACAUAAGUGUUGGAGAAGGAAACUUGAAUUGUAAUCUUUUUCUGAAUCAAAUUUGUGAAAAAAGAAAGAUGGAGUGUGUUUUGGCUCAUGAGAAAGAUUUGAAUCUCAAGGCAACAGAGCUUAGAUUGGGUUUACCAGGGAGGACAGAUGAAGAAUCUGACAAAGAAAUUGUCUUUAAUGUUAAGAAUAACAAGAGGGCUUUGCCUGAGGAUGAAGAUUGUGAAUCAAACUCCAUUUCUGAUUCCAAAACUCCACCUGUUGCCAAGACACAAAUUGUGGGGUGGCCACCAGUGAGAUCUAACAGGAAAAAUAGCUUUCCAUCAAAGAAAGCAGAAGCUGAGUGUGGGAUGUAUGUGAAAGUUAGUAUGGAUGGAGCUCCUUAUCUUAGAAAAAUUGAUCUGAAAUUGUGCAAGGGUUAUCCAGAACUGUUAAAGGCAUUAGAGAAAAUGUUCAAGCUGAGUAUAGGUGAAUAUUCAGAAAGGGAAGGGUAUAAAGGGUCUGAAUUUGCUCCUGCUUAUGAAGAUAAAGAUGGUGACUUGAUGCUUGUUGGAGAUGUUCCUUUUGAAAUGUUCUUAUCAUCAUGUAAGAGGCUAAGGAUAAUGAAAGGAUCAGAAGCAAGAGGGUUAGGAUGUGGAGUUUGAGAAGAUGAAUAAGAAGAUUAUGAAUUCUUCUCUGUUUAAACAGGGAAAAAAGGGGGGGGGGGGGUCUUUUUGAGCUUGGGUUGUCGAAUUGCAAGAAGCUGGAAAUUUGUUUUACACUGAUUGGGAAGUGCAAAACAGAAGAAAGAGCAGUUUUGUUUUGAAGGGGUAAAAAAUGAAACUCUUAUUCCUAUAUGUUGUGCAGGCUUAGAAACCAUGGUGGUUUUUAUAGAUCCUGCAGUGUGAUAAUAGCAUAUGAAGAAUGUAUUUGCUCUGGAAGCAAUUGUAUAGACACAGUAUUCUCAAAUGAAAUGAGUUUUUUCCUUUGUUCUUCUU